CAUAGAAUUCUCCUAUUUAUCCAUGGUGAGAAAGAAAACCCCAUAAGACAGCUUAUUGGUAUGACGUACCACUGCAUUUCGUCCAGUGCAUCCAGUUAUUCGUCUAAUUAACUUAUUUGGUAAAUGCGGACUGUGGACUUCGAAGAAAUUGCAUAAUAUCACAAAAAUAAUUACCACAAGAAUUUGAUUAUUUCAAGCUCGUGUAAAAUUAAACUCGUUGAUAUUGUUGAGAAGCCUUACAACAUGACUGCUUUCGAAUAUAUCGACUAUCCAACGGUUUUCUCUGGUGUGGCAGCGUUUAUGCUAUGCUGCUACUUACAGAAAAGACCAAAGAAUUUUCCACCGGGUCCUCAAGGUCUCCCUCUUGUCGGGUAUCUUCCGUUUUUUGGAAAAAAUCCUGCGGAGACUUUAAGACAAAUGAAAGAGAAAUAUGGAUCUGUUAUGUCUGUUCCAUUUGGACGUGAAAAUUGGGUAGUUUUGAACGACUUUGACGUCAUUCAUGAGGCACUGGUAAAGCAGGGUGAGAAGUUUUCUGGACGACCUCAUAACAUUGCAUACGAUCUUAUAUCCAACGGUGGAAGUUUCUUUAAUUUGGAUUACGGCCCAACAUGGAAAGCUUUGCACAAAUUUGGUGGGGUGACUUUAAGAGGGGCUGGAGUAGGCAAAAAAGAAAUGGAAGAAAAUAUUGUCGAAGAAACGAAGUUUUUGAUAGAAACUUUGGCAACACAGAGUGGACAGGCAUUUCAAAUGAAAUUGACUUCGGCAGUAUCGAAUAUUAUUAGUCGGAUAAUAUUAGGUUCAAGAUUUGACUACAACGACAAAAUGUUGAAACAUAUAAUUGAAAUGAUGAAAAGAAACUUUGAAGAUACGCCCCAUUCUCGUUUAAUGGGAACGCUAACAAUGGCUCCUAUAUUGAGGUUUAUCCCUCCAUUCCGCAAUACUGCAAAAGUUACGGCUGAUGAUGCGGAAUGCUUACUUGGAUAUGUGCGUGAUUUUAUAAAGGAACACGAGGCGAAACUUGACGAACUGGACAUCCGAGACUUUACUGAUGCGUUUCUCAGUGAGAUAAAGAAAAGUCAUAAAGAUGACAGUGCUUUUAAUAAAAAGCAACUCAUCUAUUUCGUUCGCGAUCUGUUCAACGCCGGAACAACAACCACAAGCAGCACAUUAACCUGGGCUUUGUUAGCUCUUGCGCAUUACCCCAAGUAUCAAGAAAAAAUUGCGGAGGAAAUCCAGGAAACUUUGGGCGAGGACGGUAUUACGUCAAUGAAACAUCGAAAUGAAAUGCCAUUUACUUGUGCUUUCAUACAAGAACUAAUGCGGCAUAGAUUGUUGGCCCCAUUGAGCGUGCUUCACAAGACCACCGAAGAAGCGACUUUGAAUGGAUACACUAUCCCGAAAGACACGAACAUCGCUCCAAAUCUCUGGGCAGUCCAUUUUGACCCCGAACACUUCGAAAACCCGGAAGAAUUUCGACCUGAAAGAUUUCUUGACCGCGACGGAACAUUUAUCAAAUCAAAUCACGUGAUCCCGUUUUCAAUCGGUCCUCGACACUGUAUUGGCGAACAACUUGCAAGGAUGGAAAUUUUCAUUUUUCUGACCGGAAUAAUACAAAAGCUUAAGGUGGUGCCCGAUCCAGAAAAACCACUACCAUCUUUCUUUGGUGGGGGGCACGGCGUUGUAUCAUACGAUCCUCCACCGUUUGAUGCUCUUUUUGAACGCCGCUAAAUGUUUUUGUUAAAUCCACAGGUCAAGUUUACAUCGUUACUUUAUGAUAGAAAAUAGUAAUUUCUAAUUCUCCUAAAACAAAAGCGGAUAUCAUCACGAUGAAAGUUGAUAGUUACAUUUUUUUAGCAUGUUUCGAUAGAAAAUGAACUCUUCAACCAUUAUAGUUUGCCAAAA